AUGGCUACCCCUAGUGUCCUAGCUUUUGACGCUGAGGGUCGCGCCAUUGAUUUUGAGGUCUGGUUAGACGACCUGCAGCUGUUCUUACAGUGCGACAGGGCUGACGACCUUUCUCUCUUUGAUCUCACCUCUGGCGCCUCUCCUGCUCCUGCUGCUGAUGCUGAGCCCGCUGUCCGCUCUAAGUGGGCCACCCGCGAUGCUGCUGCACGUCUUGCUGUGCGUCGCCACCUCCCUACCUCUGAGCGUGCGCACUUCAGUCAGUACAAGAGUGCUCAGACCUUGUACGACGCUGUAGUUGCGCGCUACUCCUCCCCUGCCACUGCUGCACUGAGCCGUCUCAUGCUUCCCUACCUCUUUCCUGACCUCUCUGCCUUUCCCACUGUCGCUGACCUCAUUACGCACCUCCGCACUAGUGACACUCGCUACCGCGCCGCCCUUCCUGCUGAGUUCUGCGCUAAGAACCCCCCCCCCAUGUACAUCGCUCUCUACUACGUAGUCGCGCGCCUCCCUGACUCCCUUCGAGUCGUCAGGGACCACUUUCUCGCAGUCUGUCCCACCACCCUCUCCGUCGACCUCCUCGAGAAGGCCCUCCUCGCAGCGGAGAAGAGCAUCGUCGCUGUAGGUGCUUCUCGUGGUGACCCUCGCACCCCCAUCUUUGAGGGGUGCUCUCCUUCCCCCUUGCUGCCCUCUGUUGCCUCUGCUGCUGCUGCCGACCUGCUUGGUCUAGAGUCGGUCGGCGCGGCGUCUGCCCCUAGUGGGAGACGUCGCUCCAACAAGGGCAAGGGGGGCAAGGGCGCGGGUGGAGCUGGAGGGGGCGGUGGCGGUGGCGGCGGUGGCGGCGGAGGGAGUGGGGGUGGCGGCGGGGCUAGUGGCGGGGGUGGUGGUGGUGGUGGCAGCAGCGGCGGAGACGGUGGUGGUGGUGCCAGCGGUGGUGGUGGAGGCAGCGGCGGAGGUGGAGGCGGCGGAGGUGGAGGCGGUGGAGGCGGCAGCGGAGGAGGCAGUGGUGGUGGAGGGGGUGGAUCUGGUCGGGGUGGUACCCAGCAGCGUAGCGGCGGUGGUGGUGGCCAGCGCUCGCAGCGGCAGCAGCAGCAGCGCUCUCGGGACAUCCCUUCGCCUCAGCAGCUUCGUGAGUGGUACGCUGGGCGUCAGAGGGGUGGGGGUACUGGUCCCUGCACCUACGUUCUUCGUUCCGGCGACCGCGCGGGUGAGCAGUGUGGGGGUGCCCACGCGACCCAGCGCUGCUUUGGCCGCCUGACGGACGCCUGGCGUCAGCAGUUCCCUGGGGCUAGUGAGAUCCCUCGCUGGGAUGAGCUUCUCAGGGCUGGUGUAGCGAUCUUUGAUCUUGAUUUUGAUGCUAUCCUUACUGCUAUGUAUGUUGUGGAUUAUAGUGAGGAGAAUGAGGGUUACCGCUGUUUCCAGCCCGACCCGGGCAUUGGUCCUGCUGCGCUAGGUGCUUGUGAGGCUGCUGCUCUAGGUGCCAGUGCGUCUGCGCUCUCAGGUACUGGUGAGACUGCGCUCUCAGGUACUGAGUCGUCCUCGUCCUCCCUCACUUUCACACUUGACUCCGGAGCUUCUCGCUCCUUCUUUCGAGACCGCACUACCCUUACGCCGCUUGGCCGGCCGGUUGCGGUCUCCCUUGCUGACCCCUCUGGGGGUCCUGUCCUGUCUCACUUCUCCACUGUCCUCCCGUGUCCGGCUGCCCCUUCGGGCACCCUGUCGGGUCUGUACCUUCCCUCGUUCUCUACGAACUUGGUGAGUGGAGCAGACCUGCAGGAUGGGGGUGUUCACCAGUUCACUCCUGCGAGUCAGCGGGUGACCCACUGCACGGAGGCACGCACAGGCCGACACCUGGCCACGUUCUCGCGUCGGCCGGGGUCGAGUCUCUACACUCUGACCGUUGAGUCUCCUCCUGUCCCUGCGUCUGGUCAGGUGGCUGCGUCGGGUCAGGUACUUGCUGCUGCGUCCCGGUCAGGUCCUGAGUCUGCCCCCUGUUCUUGUCGCCUCCUGUCUCACGAGACUCUCCUGUGGCACCACCGUCUUGGCCACCCCUCCUUGCCCCGUCUUCGGAGCAUGGCUUCCCGUGUCCUUGUCUCUGGUCUUCCCCAGUCUCUCCCUCCUCUCCCCUCCGGGCCAGGACCUUCCUGUGUCCCCUGUGUUGAGGGUCGCCUCCGGGCUACUCCUCACUCCUCCCACUUCCCCCCGACAGAGGCUCCCCUGCAGACGCUUCACAUGGAUGUGUGGGGCCCAGCCCCCAUCCGUGGGCAGGGUUACGAGCGCUACUUCCUGUUGGUGGUUGACGACUACUCGCGUUACACCACAGUCCUCCCCUUGCGCAGCAAGGGUGCGGUCACUGAGGUGCUGAUCGAGUGGAUCCGCGAGGCUCGUCUCCAGCUCAGGAAGAGCUUCGGCUCGGACUUUCCUGUUCUGCGUCUGCACUCUGACCGAGGCGGAGAGUUCUCUUCUCGCCUUCUGCGAGACUACUGUCGUGCACGGGGGAUCCGCCAGACCUUCACGCUUCCGGACUCACCACAGCAAAAUGGGAUUGCUGAGCGCCGCAUUGGCAUGGUCAUGGAUGUCGCUCGUACGUCCAUGAUGCAUGCGGCUGCCCCCCAUUUUCUGUGGCCGUUUGCGGUUGGCGAUGCGUCUGUGUUCCGUGUCUGGGGAUCUCGGGCGUUUGUCCGCAACUUGUCUGCGGACAAGCUGUCCCCUCGCGCUGCUCCCUGUGUCUUCCUUGGCUUCCCCACUGACGCCCCAGGGUGGCAGUUUUACCACCCCUCCUCUCGUCGUGUUCUGUCCUCCCAGGACGUCACGUUCGACGAGUCAGUCCCCUUCUACCGUCUCUUCCCCUACCGCACUCCUUCCCUCCCCCCUCCCCCGGACUUCCUUGUGCCGGUUCCUCCCCCGAGGCCGUAG